AUGGACCCGAUCACACAGCCAGAAGACAGCAUCAUUAGGGAAGGCGAGCCUCCCAACCCGCGCCUCGGCCAGGACGGCAAGCCAACCUCCACCGACGCCGCUCCCAGUCCUGACGCCCCUUCUAAGCCCAAGGACGUCUCCAAGCCAUCUGAGUCGAAGGGAAAAUCUGGCACGAAGCAGUCCAAGGGGAGCAAGGCAAAGAAGGACAAGAAGAAGAACAAGAAGAAGAAGAAGAAGCGAGCCGCAAUCAAUGACUCUUCCGACCUUUCCUCUACCUCCGAUGAUGAUGAUGAUGAUGAUGCAACGGGAAUGGAUUCAGAUAGUGAUUCCGCAGAUGAAGGCGUUGUUAUACGCCGCAGGCGCACAAAUAAGAAGCGAGAGGAGGCCCCAAAUCUCAAGACCAUGGGAGGCUCAAAGAAACACAAGAGCCCGGUCAAGAGCAAGCUCAAGCCUCCGGUGGCUUCCAGCUCCGACUCCGACUCCGACUCCGAUUCUUCUCAGCUAUCCUCCAGCGACGACCUGGACGACUCUGAGCCGCUGGUAGAUUCCCAAAAGAAAACCAAGGAUCAGGCCUUCAAGCAGCAGCUCGCGCUCCAGGUCCAACGGGAAGUCCGGCGGGCCAUUCAGCUUCAGCAGCUUGCUCAAGCAGCCGCUCCUCCUCCGCCGCUUCCCAGCCAUGGUGGCCUAGGCUAUGCACUCGGACCGGCGAUCACAUCGGGUCUACUGCCAAAUUCUGGUGGUGCUUUGCCUCGAUCAGCCACAUUAGGUCUGCAGGGAGCUGACCCCUUCGCCGCGGCCAGAAGCGAAGCCCGUCAGACAUUGGAAGGGGAGUUUGGGGGGUUUGAUGGUUUACAUGAUCCACUGAGACGAGGUGCUGUCAUUCCCGGCCGCCGACCCGUCGCUACAGGCAGUAAGCUGCCUGCUGGUGCGGACGCCCCGCAGAAGAAGAAAACCAAGAAGUUCGAUUUCAAGAGGGUUGAUCAGGUGUGGGAUAACUCCAUCCACAACUUCAAGCUCCAGGAUACUGCAGAGUCAUCCUCCGACAAGAAAUACGAUGGAUUCUGUUUCCAUGUUCGUCGCACUUUUGACUGGGAAGGUAAAUACAAGGCCACAGUCGUGGACGUUAAGAGCAAGGCUCUACGCGAAUGCCUUCAAGAUGUCAUAGGCAACAUCAAGGGUGUCAGUCUCGUGGAUGAGACGCCCAAGCUUGAUCCGAACGUGUUGUUCCUCUACCUUGAGGACCUGAGGGAAUACGCCAGGAGUCUCCGGAAGAAUAUCAAGAAGCAAGCGAGGAAGAAGCAAGACCAGACGAAGGACUCUAAGUGGGCCGUGAACAAGUGGCGCAAUCUCAAGGUUCUUGUGGAAUACAUUGACAAGGACUACGAGCACAUCAAGAAGAGUCUUUACCCAAUGUUGGAGCACGGACUGAUUACCUUUGAUCUUCUUUGGGCCUUGUGGAAGCCAGGUACCCUUGCGUAUACCACAACCUACGGGUCACACGAUGAACCUCGGGUCUUCAAGGUUGAUACUGCCGAGAAGCAUUAUCACAUCACCAAGGGUGAAUUCUACUACGUUGACGGCAAGUAUUUCGAGUACGAUGGAAAGCAAUUUGGGUAUGGUCGCAUGAUGGAAGAAAUCGGAGAGUUCCGUGGCGCCAAGAAGAUCACGAGUCUCAGUUGCUACCCACUCAAAUACCACAAGAACGAGAAACAGAUAACAGAGGAUCUCGUCGAGCGAGGGAAGAAGUUUGUGUCUCUCAGUGGGGUCCACUACAAGUCUCACCAUGGCAUGGCGUACUAUAAGAAGAAGAAGUCCAUCAUCAAGGUGAACGUCAACGGUCGCGUGAUGAUUGAUCCAGCAAUACACAGGAGGAUCAACCCGAAUUAUCCAAUCUCACUUGUCCGUCCCAAGGAACAGGACGUCCUUAGUGAGGAUGAACAGUCUGAUGAGGACGCCUGCUGCCCUGUUGGGUCAGACUCGGAGGAGGAUGAAGCCCAGGACAAGGACCACCUCGAGGACGGUGAAGAGAAAGUCAAAUUCGUCACAAAACUUCUUAGGGACAACAAGGGACGAGUUUCCUUUGUCCAUAUGACCAAGGACGAAGCCGAGGACAUGAAUAAGGAGAAGCUGUCCAAGGUUGAAACCCAGGACGAUGCUGCUCUUGAGAGCAGCAGUGAUGAAGGCAUACUGCAGGGCUCCAAGAAGAGACCGGAAUGGACUGAUGAGGAGUACCUAAUUGCAAGCCCUGUCGUCCUCGGCUUUUCUUUUGGAGAGAAGCUCUGGCUGGAAUUCACAGUUUCUGGAGUCCAGGAGAUCCGGUGGAACGAAGAUGCAUAUGAGUCUUUGGUUUUGGAGAAGACAACCAAGGAGACGGUCAAGGCUCUCGUCGAAUCCCACAAGUAUCAUGCAGCGGAAUCCAUAGACGACGUGAUCCAGGGCAAAGGCAAAGGCCUUGUUUCCGUGCUUCAUGGCCCACCCGGCACAGGCAAAACCCUCACCGCCGAGGGGAUCAGUGAGCUCUUGAAGUGCCCAUUAUAUAUGGUAUCUGCUGGUGAGCUUGGCACGGACUCACGUAUCCUCGAGGGCGAGCUGCAGAGAAUUCUUGACAUAUGCCAUGCCUGGGGUGCAAUCCUGUUGUUAGACGAGGCGGACGUUUUCUUGGAGAAGCGCAAUAUGCACGAUAUUCACCGCAACGCCCUCGUCAGCAUCUUCCUGCGACAACUGGAGUACUUCCAGGGCAUCCUGUUCCUCACCACGAACCGGGUGGAGACUUUCGAUGACGCAUUCCAGUCGCGCAUUCACAUUGCCCUGCGGUACGAUCCACUCGACUCGAGGGCCAAGAAGGCCAUUUUCAAGAUGUUUGUGGAGAAGGCCCGGGUGCAACAAAAGGUGGACAGCACACCUUUCACGGAGGAAGAGUACAACACACUUGCCCGACAUGACCUCAACGGCAGACAGAUCAAGAACACCGUCAUUAGGGCGCAGGCACUCGCGGUCAAUAAGGGUGAGCCGCUGUCGAUGGUGCACGUCAGACAGAUCCUGGAUGUCCAGGUCAAUUUUGAUCGUGACCUGAAGGGUGGCACCGGGUAUCAGGAUGCCAUGCGCAGCUACUUCUAG